AUGAUGUUGAGAACGUCAAUUUUUCACAAGCGUUGGCGGAAAGUGAAAACGGAUCUUCUAUCCGCACUACUUCUAAAAUAUAGGAAAUGUGUGUCGAAUCUGAAGAAAUGUCUGAAGUACAACAAUUUGUCGGAAACGCAACGAAAUAAGAGUCAUGCGAGGCUGCAUCCUGUUCCAGAUAGACCAAUCCGUCGUGUCGCAUCGAAACUCGUACGAAAACCAACCAGUGAGAUCGAGAGGCUACGAAGAAAAGGCGAUAAUUGGACUGCGAACGACCUAUUCCGAUUUCAAUACAGCGAUCCUGAAGAGGGUACCACUGAGGAACGUCGCGAACUAUGUUAUGCUUGGCUGGAACGUCUUAAGGGGAUCGCAAAGAAGUACUGCUAUCUGGCGUGGUACGAGGCCGCCAUAUAUGCCUGUUAUUAUCGACUAGCCCCAAUUAUCGUAGAAGCGGAAGAGAAAAGAAGGAUUUGGAGGGAAGUGAAAAGGGAAUACGCGCAAAUUUUUCUUAUGGGAAGGCGAAUUUGGCGUCGUCCUAGUCAUCCGAGUCGACUACGAGUUUUGUAUGAUAUGGCGAUGUUAUGUGUUCGUUUCGGGAAUGUUGAGAAUGACUCAACAAGUCAAUUGUUCCGUGAAGUCCUCGCUGAUGCAGAUAAUUUUGACCAUAAGGUGCUGGACGAGGUGGAAUUCGCAAAAUCAGUGGAUAAAGUCUCACUUCUGGAGAACUAUGUGAUCGAUCAGUUUUAUGUAAAACGACGCUCAUCUGGAUCGUUCCGCUCAAGUUUUCGAUCAAGGAGAACUGCGGAACGUUCACCGUCGAGGAAAUCGACUGUUGUCGACGAGCCGGAUGUUACGACGUCUCCUGACAGUCAAGCAGUAGUCGUCUCAGUCGACACGAAACAAAAUGAGCCAGAAGUUGAUACGUUGGGAAAAUCGGUGGAUGAUUUGCUGUUGAAUUCCGCUACUGUGGUUGGUGCUAUUCGGCCAUCCACACCUAAACCAAUUCCCAGUCCCAACCAUGAAGAUCCGAAUAGAUCGAGUUCGAUGAAAAACGGAGGUUCACCUCGUCUCGUACAUUUUAAUAUCGACGAAUACGUCGAGAUCGUUUAG